AUGAUCAUUAUGAAGACCCCACAUGAAAUGGGAAAAAUGAAGUUUUCUAUGCUGUUAAUGCAUAUGACAUUCGUUACUUAUGACGUGUGGGCAAUCCUUGAACUCCCAAUAAUAGUGUUUCCUAUAUGCGGAGGUUAUUCGAUUGGAGUACUUUCAUCUAUUGGGAUGCCUCUAUGGAUCAAAGUUCAUCUUCUCAAGUUUCCGUUGUCAGUUUUUGGACCAGCUGUCACUAUGUUCUUCGAAAAUCGGUACAACUAUUUGGUACGUUUGGACUGUGAUACUCAAAGCCGCAGAUUCAAACGAGCGGUACAUUAUUUCAUCAACUACUUCAUUGCACUUAACGCAUUCGUGCCAGCUUUUCUCAAUAUGCCGGAUCAGUCAGUUGCAAGACAAAUAGCUCUGAAAAAGCUUCCUUGCUUAUCACUGAAAAUAGUCAAUCACCCGACGUUCUUCAUGGUUGGAAAUGAAUACCUAAACUUUUUCUAUAUUGGAUUAUUCGCCAUUUUUAGUUGGACUCAAACCUUCUUUUUCUUUGCGAAAACGGUCAACUUCAUAUUCGGAAUCAAAUCUCAAUCACAACGAACUACACAACUACAACGAGAAUUCUUCCGAGCAGUAUGUAUUCAAGUUGCUCUUCCAUUUGUGGUGAUCAUGACUCCAGCUUGCUAUAUUUUAUCAACAAUUUACACUAAUAAUUACGAUAUGGCUUAUACCAAUUUUUCGGUGAUUAUGAUAUCUUCACACGGAUUGUUUUUCGCCAUUACUAUGCUUCUUAUUCACAAACCUUAUAGAACAGAAACCUUGAAAGUUUUGGGAAUCAAGAGAUUUUAUAAGAGUAACAAGUUGGCAGUGGUUCGAAUGUCUCCCCGUGCAACGCAUAAUGGAUUGUUCUCUGAAUAA